AUGGAAGGCACUGAAGAGAAAUCUGCAGACCCGGUACUUUCUAGUUGUUUAUCCAGGACAAAUGAUGGUUUUGGAGAUCCAAAGGUCCUUCCACGGGUUGGAGAUCAGUACCAAGCUGAAAUUCCUUCGAUAGUUGUGGAGAAUGAUCCUAUGCAGAACUCAAAUAAAUUAAUCGGUGCCCAAUUUGUUGGCAAAGGAGAGAAUCUGAUGACUCCAAAUACAAUGUUUGCUAAUGGAGAAGACGUGAAAGAUCUUGAACGACUUGGUGAAGCAGAUGGAGCUGAUAAGAUGGAUGUGCAUUCUUUAGUGGAGGAACCGAAAACUAAGAUGGAUCUAGAUGUUGGCAUCUACAAUCUGCCUGACUCAUCCAGCGAAGCUUGGACUAAGUCUGAAUGCGACGGCUUUGCCCUCGGUCUGUAUAUCUUUGGGAAGAAUCUUAUCCUUGUUAAGAGGUUUGUUGAAAGUAAACCGAUGGGCGAUAUACUGCGCUUUUACUACGGGAAGUUUUAUGGUUCGUCGGGAUAUCACAGAUGGUUGGACUGUAAGAAGUUACGGAAGAGGCGUGUUUCUGGGAAGAAGAUAUUCACUGGAUGGAGGCACCAGGAAUUACUAUCUCGAUUAGUUUCUCGUAUCUCAGAGGAUUGCCAAAAGCUUAUUAUUGAGGUUUCUCAGCAAAUGGAAGAGGGAAGAACUUCAUUUGAAGAGUAUGUAUUCACUGUAAAGGAUGCGGUCGGUCUUGGCCAUCUAGUCGAAGCAGUAGGAAUCGGCAAACGAAAGAGAGAUCUCACCCGUGUGGUCGAUGAGUCAACAAAAAAGAAAAGCAAGGUUCCAGCGAUUCCAACUGGCAAAUCUUGCUCUUUACUUCCACCCGCUGAAAUAAUCAAGCUUCUAACAGGAGACUUUAGGUUAAGUAAAGCUAGGUCGAGGGAUAUUUUCUGGGAAGCUAUUUGGCCCCGCCUUUUAGCUAGAGGAUGGCACUCUGAGCAGCCUGAGGAUUACAGUCAUUCUGGGUCAAAGCAUUCUUUGGUUUUCCUCACACCAGGCAUCAAAAAGUUUACAAGAGGGCAUCUUGUGAAAGGAAACCACUACUUCGACUCUAUUAGCGAUAUCUUGAGUAAAGUUAAAUUGGACCCCGAGCUUAUCGAGCUCGAACUUGGAGCAGUAAAAGAAAUUAGUCUUAAGGAAGAAAGCUGGCAGGAAACAUCUUCAAAGUGUGACUCGGAUGAAGUUGUAAAUAGGAAAUGCCACCAGAGGUAUAUGCAGCCCCAGAAUUCAAAACCCAGUCCAGCUUCAGCCAGCUUCAUGAUAGUGGAUACUAGUUCGGUUUGUAAAGGACAGGCUAAGAUGAGAGAGGUGAGACUUUUACCAAGUGAGACGACCUGUGCAUCUACUCAUUCUGGGCAAAUUGAAAAAGAUACUUCUGAAGUGUCUGAAGACAAAGAUGAUGCAACUGAUGAUAGAGCAGGAUCUCAUAAAUCAGGUGAUGCAACAAGAGCUAUUGAUAAUAUACAGCCAAUCUUGCUUAAGAAAUGUCGAUUUGACCUGGGAAUGAAGGCUGGCCACCCAGAUUGCAAGGGUUCCACCUCACAACAGCGAGAUUUAAGUCCUCUUGCUUGUGGAGAAUCGAACAGUUGCAUCGGAAAUCUCUCUGCACAGAGAAAAUUAUACAAGAAUGAGUUUCAUUUUCUUUCGUCUGUUAAGAACAAGAGCAUAGUCUUGCAGGGAGGUUCAUCUCAAGAAUUUUCGGUUGCAUGUUCCUUUGUUGAAAUCAGUCCGGACGAGCACAAGUCUGAAAGUUGUAAGAAUGGAUUUCCAUCAUUGGACAAGAAAAAUUCCCAUGCAUCGAUCAACUUGACUCUCCAGCAAGUAUCAACCGAUACUGGAACUCAUGAAUCCUUGACCCAGAAAGUAGUGCAAAGUCAUGAUCAAACAAGUUCUGCCAAAUCAUCACAUCCAUCCUCUGGGUCGGAUCAGCAGACAGAGCUGUCAAAUCCAUCCUAUGGCGCUCCCAACAUAGAGCAACAGCAUAAUAGGAACAGGUGCAGGCAAAGUACUAGGAACCGGCCAUUGACGAGAAAAGCAUUGGAAUCGAUGGAAUGUGGGUUUUUCAACACAAAGAGGAAGAGGAAAGGUGCAAAGGUUUCAAAAGAUGUUUCAGCACAGAAUUUUCCCCGUCAAAUGCCCGUGACAGCGAGUGUGAGUCCAACAUUCAACGACGGUCCAGGACAUAGUGUUGCACACCCUAUAAAUCAAGCAGGGAGGCCCCAAAAUGGACAUCAAUGGUAAAUGCGAUGUGGUUGGUUAGUCUUGCGCUUAUUUCUUGAAUCGAUAGGUGGUCAUACUGCUCGGAGCUCAUUGUUCGUCUUAUCUUAGAUAGCUUUAGUUCCUUUUCAAUGGGUUGUCCGAAUAUAGAGGGAGUUGUGCAUUUGAUGUUUGUACUAUCAUAUACAUGAAUAGUCUGAAUUCACAAAAUCUCGGGACGAGACAAUGACCGGUCAAGUGAACGACUUAUGGGAGAAAUGUCAAAAACUUGGAUG